UUUUUAAUUCCUUGGGAUCCACGGAAGAAAAAAAAAUUAACUUGAAAGAGAAUAGUUUUCACUGGUGUGCAACUGCUGCUGUCGUCAUGUUCACUUUGGCUUCUACUCCGACGGGCAAAUCGGCAAGUUAACAAGAUUAUUAAUUGGAUAGUGACUAGUGAGUGAGUAAAAAUGCGGAAUAAAUUAAGUGCAAGGGAUCGAGCAUUUCAGUACAAGAAGGAGGGGUUUUACUGUACAGAUAAUAGCACGGUUAUGUUUAAUUUUUGCAACACGAAAGUUUCGUGGGAUCGAAAAGACACGAUUGAAAAACAUUUAAAGUCGGCAAAACACGUGGCGUCAUUAGCAGCAACAAAAGAAGAGACUACAAAACUACAAACAUCAGUUGCAUCAUGCUUUAAUAAAGUUGUCAAAGACAAAAAAUCGGCAGAUUAUCUUGGAAAACGUGUCACAGAAACAUUUGUAAAGGCUAACAUACCACUUGAGAAACUUAACAAUGAACACAUGGUGAACUUCAUGAAUGAAUUUAUUGAAGGAUCUGGCGCAUUGCCUUGUGUAAAGACUUUGCGAGAAAAGCACCUUCCCAGAUUAAAUAUGGAAAGGGAAGAAAACAUCAAGGAGAAGGUCAAAGGAAAGCACCUUGCGGUAUGCUGCGAUGAAACAACAGACAAACAAGGUCGGUGUGUUUUCGUUAUAAUCUUCAAGAUUAUAGAAGCUAGUCACCAAGUUGAAAUCGUAGUAGGUGAUGUCCACAUUCUUGAAACAGCUGAUGCAAAAAGUUGUUCAAGAGCUAUUCUUGAUUCUUUGAACAAAUAUAACAUUAGCUAUGACAGUGUCCUGGCCUUAGUAUCAGACUCAGCCCGAUACAUGGGGAAGUGUUUUGACACACUUACCAACUUGAUGUCGGACAAUGUUGUAGUGAUUCAGUGUUGGGCGCACAAACUCAAUCUGAUUUUGAAUGUUCUGGGAAAGCACCUUCCUGAACUUCAAAAUGCCACUUCCAAAAUCAAGAGUGCGUUCCUGAACACUCGAAAGAGAAAGCAUCUGUUCCGGCAAUUUCUGGAUGAUAAAUAUGAAGCUGGAAGGGUUCCACUGUUCCCAGUGCCAGUCCUCACGAGAUGGUCUUCGUGGUACGAGUCUGUAGCCUAUGUAUCCGACUUCAUAGAAGCUAUUGUUGAGUUCAUGAAGAGUGACGACAUAGCAUCAGUUAGCAAUGUUGGAGUUCAGUAUUUGGCAAGUUUGUCACAGGAACAGGUCCUUAAGCCCACCCCACACGAUGCCCAUUUUCUGCUAUAACUUCUGUUAUACCCAUGGGUAUAAAAGUUUUCAUAAAAAUUUGUAUAGCAGAACCGCAGAAAGAUUUCUUAACUCCAUACACACGAUACCUAGAAUGCUAACAGAAAACCAGCCAACGCAGUUGCCGACCAAAGCAAACAUAUCAGGGGAGGAUAAACCUGUCGUAGUCAACUUAUCAAAAUACUGAAAAAAAAGUGAAAGUUACACCUGUUUGUGUUAAAAAUUAUGUAACUUGCGGAAAUAUUAUUUGAUAUUUUAUCUUAUAUUUUUCAUUUGCAAAUAAAUAACAAAAUUGGUUUAGUAUUUAAAAACAA